AUGACCAACAUCUUCCACGAGCGCGUCUUUUCCGGCGUCCAGCCGACCGGCCAUCUGACGCUCGGCAAUUAUCUGGGCGCGAUCCGCAAAUUCGUCGCGAUGCAGGAGCGGCACGAAUGCAUCUAUUGCGUGGUCGACAUGCAUGCGAUCACCAUGCCGCAGAACCCGACCGAACUGAUCAAUGCGACGCGCUCCGUCGCGGCGGCCUUUCUUGCCGCAGGCAUCGAUCCGGCGCAGCACAUCGUCUUCAAUCAGAGCCGCGUGCACGAGCACGCGGAACUGGCGUGGGUCUUCAACUGCGUGGCGCGCAUGGGCUGGCUCAACCGGAUGACCCAGUUCAAGGAAAAGGCCGGAAAAGACCGCGAGAACGCAUCGGUCGGCCUCUUCGCCUAUCCGGCGCUGAUGGCGGCCGACAUCCUGAUCUACCGGGCAACCCACGUGCCGGUGGGCGACGACCAGAAGCAGCAUCUGGAGCUGACCCGCGAUAUCGCGCAGAAGUUCAACAACGACUAUUCCGACCGUAUCGCGGAAUUGGGUCUGGGCAUCGAAAUGCAGAUCGGCCGGGAGACCGUGUCGGGCUAUUUCCCGCUCACCGAACCGGUGAUCGAGGGGCCGGCAACGCGAAUCAUGAGCCUGCGCGACGGCACCAAGAAGAUGUCGAAAUCCGAUCCCUCGGACCUGUCGCGAAUCAAUCUGACCGAUACGGCCGACGAGAUCGCCCGCAAGAUCCGGAAGGCCAAGACCGAUCCCGAGCCGUUGCCGAGCGAAGCGGCGGGCCUGGCAGAACGGCCGGAAGCGGCGAACCUUGUGGGCAUCUAUGCCGCGCUGGCGGACAUGGAGAGCGACGCGGUGCUGGCAGAGUUCGGCGGCAAGGCGUUUUCCGAGUUCAAGCCGGCGCUCGCCGAUCUGGCGGUCGAGGUUCUGAGCCCCGUCGCCGGAGAGAUGCGGCGGCUGAUCGCCGAUCCGGGUCAUAUUGACGGGAUUCUGGCCGACGGCGCCGAACGGGCGUCGGCGAUCGCCGCGCCGGUCAUGGCCGAUGUGCGGCGGAUCGUCGGUCUGGGCGCCUGA